AUCGGGGGAUUCCGCCGCCCGGGACCCAGAGGAUCACUACCUAUUUAUGACCAACUCCUGCCCCUGGACGAGUAAUGGUUGACUCCAGGACCAAGGCCCACCCUCUUUUGACAACCAGAAGCAGACAAGAUGAAGUCGUACAUUCUCGGUUCCCUUCUGGCCGUGGCGGUCUCCGCCAUUCCCAUGCCAGCUCCGGCUCCGCCGGGAAUUCCUUCGGUUUCCACAGCCAGGAGCCAGCUGUCCGCCCUCACCGUCAAGGCCUCGUAUGACGACGGCAACUACAGCCGUGAGAAGUUCCCCCACUGGCAGACUGCUAGCGGCUCCUGCAACACUCGGGAGUACGUUCUUAAGCGCGACGGCACAAACGUCGUGACCAACGACGCCUGCAGCGCCACCUCGGGAUCUUGGUAUUCGCCCUUCGACGGAGAAACCUGGACCGCCGCCUCGGACGUCGACAUCGACCACAUGGUCCCCCUCAAGAACGCCUGGAUCUCCGGCGCCAGCAGCUGGUCGACGGCCAAGCGCACGCAGUUCGCCAACGACAUCGACAUCCCGCAGCUGUGGGCCGUCACGGACAACGUCAACCAGCAAAAGAGCGACCAGAGCCCCGACAACUGGAAGCCCCCCCUCUCGUCCUUCUACUGCACCUACUCCAAGAGCUGGGUCAACGUCAAGUACUCGUACGACCUGAGCAUCACGUCGGCCGAGAAGUCGGCGCUUACCAGCAUGUUGAACUCGUGCUAAUUUGGGGGCGUUUGUAACU